AUCGAGGUAGAUAUCUAGCCAUUGCCAUCUCGGCUUGGGCAUCGGGAAGACGAGGGAUGAGGCCUGGGGUGGAUUCCUCAGGCCCCCCACCCUGAUCGGGGCUAGCGUGCUGGCGUUCCCUUUCCCCUUCCAAGUUCGCUGCUUAUCUUCCUUCCGCUUCCAUCUCUCGACUCACUCUCUCCCUCUCACUCUCUCUUCCAUCUCCAUCUUUCACUUCCAUCCCGCAUCGCACCCUCCACCACGCGUGUGCUGCAUCUUACUUAACUGCCAUCUUGUCUCUUUUUUACUACCUUUUACUACCUGCCCACUGUCCAGUCCAUCUGCCAGUCUCUGGACAUCGCUUUCCAAAGCAAGCCUUUCUCCCAGUGUUGCGAUCCUCGGUGGCGCAACAGCUGUAACACGUAACGCCUCGCGCAAACUGUUACUACCACAACCUCGAUUUUCCCAAUAAAUCACUCUAUCCAUCAUGUCGACCAAGUUGGACAAGUCUCUCGACGAGAUCCUCGUCAGCCGUCGCCAGGGCGCUCGUCGUCGCGCUCGUCACUCAGCUCCUUCCAAGCCCGCCAACGCGCCUGUGCCGGUCGGAGGAGUGAAGAAGAGCACCAGGGCCCCCCAGCCUGCUGGAAAGGCCGUCCAGAAUGGACACCACCCCGUCUCCCGUGAGAGCAAGAUCAUGGUCAGCGGCUUGCCUGCCGAUGUGAAUGAGGCCAAUAUCAAGGAAUACUUCACAAAGUCUGCAGGUCCCGUUAAGCGUGUGAUGCUUACUUACAACCAAAAUGGCACGAGCCGUGGCAUUGCCUCGAUCGUGUUCAGCAAGCCCGACACCGCUGCUAAGGCUGCCAAGGAGUUGAACGGACUGUUGGUCGAUAGUAGGCCCAUGAAGAUUGAGGUCGUCGUCGACGCUUCCCACGCCCCCGCUGUCCCCGCGGCCAAGCCCCUGGGCGACCGUGUUGCGCAAACCAAACCCCAACCCAAGCCCGCUACCGCCACGAAGGCCAACGACAACACCCGGGGACGCAAGAGCCGCCCUCGUCGUCCGGCCCGUGCCAACCGCCCGAAGCCCAAGACUGUCGAGGAGCUUGACGCUGAGAUGAUGGACUACUUCGCAACCAACGAGAACGGUCCUGCCGAGGGUGCUGCGCCCGCUGUCCAGCAGCAGCCCGCCACCGGUGGCGAGGACCUCGGCAUGGCUGAGAUUUCUGUGAGUUCUCCGGACACGAGUCGAUAGGAAUUGGGACUGAUUUGCCUAGUAAAUUCUCCGUGCUACAUUUGGCUCGACUGUAAAGAGUGGGUCAAUCGUAUCGACUGCAGGGGCUGACAUUGGUCGGCCACUCGGCCAAUCUUUACGCACUCAGGGUCUGCCG